AGGAGGUUGUGGUGGAUGGUGGACAUUUUGUUUUACUUGCAAAUAUUUUGACUGAACAAUUUUUGUUUUGGUAUUUACGUACCUAUUACUAUCAAUCUGGUUGAUCUAAAGGUUAAGUCCUGAAUAAAUCCAUUUAGAAUGAAAAGAAGAUGAAUUUUUGAAAAAGGCCUUUAAAAUUUUGAUCUAUAUUAGUAAUUCACAAUGUUUGUAUCACCUUCUCAUUAAUUACGUCAUAUAUUUUUCCGGCAUUUCAAGAAAAAUUGCCUUCGAACGUAUGAUGCUACAAAUUAACAAUUUAAAAGCAAAUGUUUGUUCAGGUGGUUAUUAAGAGUAUAUAAAAGUAUGAGCUAGUUACGACGUUGCUUAUAACAUCGCGAUAGUGUGAUGAAGCAAGGGUAAAGAUGGCGUCUAUAAAAGUAUUGUGCAUAGUGUUUAUUCUGGCCUUAGUUGGAGAAAUACGCGCAAAUGUUGACUCAGACGUAUCGGCGGCACCAAAACAAUUAGCAACUGACGAAAUAUUGCCGCCUGCACUUCUAUACCUACUUCACACACAACCGAUUAGACGCCCGCGACCACCAACGCCACCGGUUGCUCCAAGCCUUCCAGUACCACCAACGCCACCAUUUGCUCCAAGCCUCCCUGUGCCACCAUCACCACCAGUGGCUCCAAGCCUGCCCGUACCACCAAUGCCUCCGGUAUCACCAAGUCUUCCAGUACCACCAAUGCCACCAGUUGCACCAAGCCUCCCCGUACCACCAACGCCACCGACCGCCCCCGUACCACCAGCACUACCAACUGCACCAAAUACAGCGAACCCAUUACCGCCGGCUAUUUUAUACUUACUCAGUCGACCAAUCAGACAUCCAAUUUCUCAACCGGCAAGUCCAGGAGAUCAAGCAAAUUCACUACAAAAUCGGAAUUCACCAAAACUUCCAUAUAGUGAUUUAUACCCCUCCUCCGCAUCUUCGCCCAUAACUCCACCUGUAUCUGCACCAGGGAAGCCAAGCAAUCCUCAAUAUACUGGACAGCUUUCGUAUGAUCCCGCAAGCGGUAACCGGAAAAUUCUAAAUGUUGUGCAUAUUCCAUUAAGACCAGUAGUUCCAAAUACUUUGCCAGUGCCUCCAAGCACUAAUGAAAAUAAACCUGUAAAUACUCCUGUAGGCCCAGCCCCGUUGUCAUCCAAAGUUUCAACUACUUCACAGCUAGAAGAUUUAUCACCAGUCCCCAAUAACCCAAUAGGAGCAUCACCAAUUCCUGCUAAACCUGAUUCAACCAACAAUGAUAACACAAUUUCAAUUGAUCCUAAAGACUUACCAUAUGAACCAAAUGAUAAUAUAGAAGCUUCGCCAAUCCCAGUAAGGCCAAAUCAUAAAACUACUGAAGUGACUAAAAAUAUUGACAAGUCUGAUACAACUCCAGAAGAGUUAUCACCAGCACCGAGUCAAACUAAAGAAGAAUCUCAAAUACCAAGUAAAGCAAAUGAUACAAAAGAUGCUACAACAGAAGACACAUCAGGAAAUGACUUAAAUUCAAGCGACUCUCAAGAUACUGACUCAGUGUCGCCAAUAAAUGCUAACCACCCUGAAGGCAGUACUACCGGGCCUAUUAAAGGAGUAACAAACCCUGGUGUAUUUGGUGAAAAUACCACACAAAAUGCGAACGCCGAUAACUCAGCAACAGAAAAACCGCAAGAUAAAACUACAAAGAAUUCACAUGAAACAAGUGAAGAGUCUCAAAAUCCAUUUGCAGAUUUAAUUUUGAACGGUACUUCAUCUGAGCCAAAAUCGACGGAUAAAACAGAAGCCAAACAAACCGGUAAUUCACCUAAUGACAAUGGCAACCAAGCACCUGAAGAAAAUAAGGAUACUCCACGAAAAGAUGUUGUUGAAAAUGGUACUUCGUCUAAUGACAAAGGCAACGAAGAACCCGAGAAAGUCAAAGAAUCUCCGAAUAAAGAUGUCAUUCUCGAUGGUGCUUCAUCUGAGCCGAAAUCGACGGAUGACAAAACUGGACAACCAAGUAAUCCUAUGGAAAACGUUAUACUAAAUGGUACUUCGGCUAAUGGCAAUGACAACAAGAAACCCGAGGAAGAGAAAGAAAAUCCGAUGAAAGAUGUAAUUCUGAAUGGUACUCCAUCGGAGUCGAAAUCGACGGAUAACAAAACUGAUGAACCCAGUAAUCCAAUGGCUAACACUAUACUAAAUGGUACUUCGCCUACUGAAAAUAACACACAAAAACCCGAAGAAGACAAAAAUGGUACAUCAACUAAUGAUAAUGAAAACUGUAACACAGAAAAAUCUGAAGAUAAUCCGCUAAAGGAUGACAUUCUUAAUGACACAACCGCCAACAAAACAAAAGAAGAUCAAAACAACUCGGCUGCUAAGGAAGAAUCUAAUCAGGCUCAAUCUAAAUCAUCAAAAGAUAAUAAAAAUGAAGCAGAAUCAGAAACAAAAGAAGGUUCCUCACAAGAGUCCGACUCGUCAAAAAAUAAAGAAGUUGCUUCGGAACAAUCUGGCUCUUCAGACAACCACGAUUCUUCCAAAAAAUCGGAAGACUGUUAAACGUCUAAAAGCGUCCCUUUCUAUUUAACAGUUCAAAAUUAAUUUAAACUCAGUAAAUAAUGUUUGAAGAAUUAUUUAUUUUCGGUUCGAUACAAAUCCUAUAUAAUUAAAAGCAAAAUAUAUAAAAAAAAAUUGACGAUGUAUAAAUGGAUAGGAAAUAUAUUGUUGUGAAUUAAUUGAUUCAUUAUAUAACUUAACUUGUGUAAAUAUUAUAAUGACUAUUAUUAGUCAUAAUUUUUCUGAUGAAUUUUGAUUGAUGAAAAAAAUGAAGCUUUUGUUUCAGAAAUAAUAACUUGUUAUAUUCAAUGACUAACUAUUCGUAGUAUGAUUAGUCUACAGAAUGAGCCACUGUACAGCCAGGCUGGUAACAAUCCUUUAAUAUUUACAUUCUACGUAAUUUAUGGCAUUAAAGUAAUAAUAAUCACGAACGAAUUAUCAUGUGCAUUUAAGCUAAAAUUAUAUAUUAUUUAUAGAAGAAAGUAAAGUUAUAUGUAUAAAAUAUAAUAAAUGUCUUUGCAAACCCA